GGCGGCGGUGAGGGUGGAGAGCCGCCUGCGCAUGUCCAGGCUGACAGCACACACUGUCAGGGGGGCCUGGAGAAGCGUAGCUGGUCACCCUCCACGCAGGGUCGGGCCCUGACACGAUCCGGGGGCAAGCUCCGGGGAAGGGGUCUACCCACCCUAUCUCUGAUGCCCCACCUCUGAGAUCGCGGGCCAAACAGGAGCUUACGCCUCCUUCCCCGCCUCUCCGGACCUCCCCGGGGAGCCGAGGGCGGGUGUGGACGGGACCGAGGUGGAACGAAUUUUGUAGCUCAGACGGCGGUCCCGGUGGCUUCGGGCGUGGGGGCACGCCCAGCUGGAGAAGCCGGUCAGGGCGGCUGAAGCCGGAGCUCCCGGGUCUCGGUGGAUGCCGGUCGGAGCGUAGCUAUUCGUAGGGAGGUGACUGGUGGAUCAACAUGGACCCGUUCGACAGCCCAGCCGCCUAGAGCCUGCGUGCUGUUCGCUACGGAGCUGAGCUUUCCCGGAGGCGCAAACAAGGGAAGCAGCCGAGCAACUGGAAUUGGCAGUUCCGGGGUGGGCGGGGAAGGCACUGUCCGUGGUGCUGAGCCGGAUCCCAGCAACGGGCUCCGGGGAGAGCGCGCCAAGCUGCCGAUCCGCUCCCUCGAAUUCGGGCGGUCGGCUAGGGCGGCUUGGAGCUGAAACCCUCGCCGACCUCAAGAAGCCCGCAGAGCCUCCCCAGUCGCUGGCGCUUGGCCCUUAUUUCAGGCAGAAAGUCGCCCCCUUGGGACAGUUCGUCCCAAAGGGUUUCCUCGAAAGUAUCUGAGAAGGAGCAUUUGCUGACCAAGGGAAUCUCUGUUUAGCUCCGGAAGCCACCCGCCGAAAAAGAUGCCUGCCUUCAACAGAUUGUUUCCCCUGGCUUCCCUCGUGCUCAUCUUGUGGGUCAGCGUCUGCUUCCCUGUCUGUGUGGAAGUGCCCUCGGAGACCGAGGCCGUUCAGGGCAACCCCAUGAAGCUGCGCUGCAUCUCCUGCAUGAAGAGGGAGGAGGUGGAGGCCACCACGGUGGUGGAAUGGUUCUACAGGCCCGAGGGCGGUAAAGAUUUCCUUAUCUACGAGUAUCGGAACGGCCACCAGGAGGUGGAGAGCCCCUUCCAGGGUCGCCUGCAGUGGAAUGGGAGCAAAGACUUGCAGGACGUGUCCAUCACUGUGCUCAACGUCACCCUGAACGACUCUGGCCUCUACACCUGCAACGUGUCCCGGGAGUUUGAGUUCGAGGCACAUCGUCCCUUUGUGAAGACCACACGGCUGAUCCCCCUCCGAGUCACCGAGGAGGCUGGUGAAGACUUCACCUCUGUGGUCUCCGAGAUCAUGAUGUACAUCCUGCUGGUCUUCCUCACUCUGUGGCUGCUCAUUGAGAUGAUAUACUGCUACAGGAAGGUCUCAAAGGCUGAAGAGGCAGCCCAAGAAAAUGCAUCUGACUACCUUGCCAUCCCAUCGGAGAACAAAGAGAACUCUGCGGUACCAGUGGAGGAAUAGAAGAGAAGGGGGCACUAGAGGGAUCAUGGAUUAGGUCAAAGAGUCUUUGCCUGGGCUGGACUGGACUGGAAAUUCGCAGUGAGCUGUUUUCUUAUUGGUAGGUGGCCCGAACCCUGCAGGACUGGCUGUUCCAGGUUCAGUGAUGUCAGCUGCAUCAGGAGGGCGCCCCAGGAGCCACAUGGCUCCCCUUCAUGCAUCCAUCUCUCAGUUCAUUCAUCAUGCCUCCACUCACCUCUGAACUUUCACCUCUGACUUGCUAACUCCGUCAGACCUCUACACACCGUAAGAUUCUGCCGAAACUGAGGAACCAACAUGUCUACAUGGACUCAACCUAGCUUUCAAGCAAGCAGAUCCCUACCAACCGGACUCCUCCCUUGUGUUGCACCUGACUUAGAACAAGGGCUGGACGCGGCACACUCACUUGCCCCUUACUGGCUGGAGCUGGCUCAUUCUCCAUUGCUGCACGCGAAUGGAUGUCUUAAUGGAAGGAAGCAGGAGAGAUUCGCUUGGGUUAAAGCAAAAAAUUGUCAUGAAACGAGAUUCACUGAAGUCAGUUUUUCCGAGUUCCUGCCCACUUGGCUGGAGCACCAAAGUAUGGCUUUCCAGGCCCUCCAGGGAUAGAAAGUUCGUUAAGCAUGGACCAAAAUGUUCCCUGGAAAUUGGUACUCCAGGGCUAGAUCCCAAGAGGUCUCAAAGGCCUGGGUAAGUCUCAGUCCUCCAAGACGCCAAGGGCAGGAGACUUGGGAAGUCAUACAACAUGUUCAUGAUGCCACCAGGGGAACGCAUGUGUGCCUUCCCCGGCGAGCACACCACCUGAGAUGCCUGGGGGGCCUUACUGUCCUGUGGGCGUUGGAACGGAAAUUCCUAAGUUAUUCCUCUCAAAAGUUCUGUGGAUCAGUGUUACUACUUAUUUCACAAGAGGCAACUGAGACUCAGACGGCUCAACUGGUAAGAGGCUACGAAGGACAGGCUGGAGCAAGAUGAGCCUUAGGUGCUGCCCAGUUUACACGUCCCGGGAUGGGAUAAUUUUCCUUCUGAAAAAGACUCUGAAAUUGAGCUUGGCUAUGGCCCUGCCCCCUUCACAAGCACAGAACUGGGUGGGUCUCCCGGCUGAGGUUAACUCUGACUCUGAACUAGAGACUGGCCCCAAAGGCAGAGAGAAGGAUGUGAGAUAGAUUAGAGUGAAAAGAUUUGUGAGUCUGAAACAUCCUCGAAGGAGAAUACAUCUGGGAAUCGGAUUUAACUAAGAAACAUGUUUUCAGUCCGAGGUGGAUGAUGAGCAAAUGAGUGAAGAGAUAGGGGACAGACAGGUGAGGGGGCUUCCAAAUAUUUCGCCUGUGAAUCCAUAAUGUCCAGGUGUUGUUUUUUUUUUCUAGAUGUUAGGAGAGCAGAUGAACACCAGAAAAAAUAUCUCAUAUUUCACUUUGAGUAACGGGUCCAAGUGCAAUGUCCUUCAGCAUCUAAUGAUGAGAGAGGAGGAGGCGGCCCUAGGGGAUAUGAGAAGACGGAAGUGACUGGGAUUCGAUGAACAAGAUGUCCCUCUGAUCUGGGGGAAUUUACAGGGAGAGAUCACACUCCCGUGGCUUUGCGCCUCACCUGGCAUACUCAGUUUUUCAUCUCUGCCAUCCCUGGGGAAGUACUUGAAACAAGCCCUCGUUCACAUAUUCAAGAGUCUGACUUUAUUGAAGAAAGUACUUUUUUUCAAUAAAUUCAAGGCCCUUCCCACUGGUAAUUUCCCACAUAAUCCCUCUGAACUAGGGGACAGAAUAUAGAUUUUUCUUACUUCAUACAAAUGAGGGAAACAGGCCUGAAUUCGCGCGAGGUUUUCCCCGUCACACGGCUGGUGGACAGCAGGGCUCGCCGUAGAGGGUACUUCCCACCACUCCACUGCCCUCUUGCCUCAGUAGACCAUGCGUCUAACUUGUGAUCUAGCAUGCAUGUUGGCCUUUUUCCCUUUUUGAAAGCCCGACUCAGAUAUUUCCUGAGUGAUUUUUAAUGAAGCUGAAUGGUACCUCUCGUUUUUUUCCUUCUUUAUCCUUUACGAGUAAUCUUCUCUAGCCUUUUCCUUUUAACUUUUCAACUCUUCUCAUCUUUAAUACUUUCAUUAUUAAGCUGUACGGCUUAUAAAGCAUUUUUAUCUCAGAUAUCUUAUUUCUUCUCCACAACUAGCUCUGGGAGGUGGAUAUUGCUAAUACAUUAACAAAUGAAGAAAUGGAGGGUGUCUGAGGCUAAGAAAUUUACCAAACCCUAAGUUCAUACAGGUGGUAAGUGGAGAGCUGGAACCCAGGUCUUCUGACCCCCUAGCCCAGCUCUCUUUGCACUGAGACCAUAGCUGCCUCCUUUCCACCCCUCCUUUUUUUUUUUUUGCUUCCAUCUAAUCUUUGCCUGUCUUGCUUGUCCUGAGAUGUUCACCAUCUUCUCUCACCCUAAUCCUGCUCAAUGGCUCCUCUACCACUCUGCUUCUUGGCCCAAGCUAGUAAUGAGCUUUGAGAGUCUAUCUUAUUUUGGUUUUUCAUUUCCAGUUGGUCUGUACAUCAUUAUUUCUCCUGAUUUGCAAUUACACUCCUUCCUGGGAGACUUGAUCGUGACCCUAAUUCUACAAGAUACUGUGAUCACCAGCCUACUUCAGAUCCUCACCCACUCCGUUUCUCAUGUUCCUACAGGACCCAGAUCAAUGUGCCCUGCUCUGGAAGCUGUAUCUGGCAUGCUGUUCUUAUUAAAGGGCUUAGAAAUGUUCUCAAGGGCUAUUACCACUUUAGGAACCCCAUCUGUCACCUUGGUGCUGGCUAUUUCCCACGACUGAUCUUUAAUAACACAGUUCACUAAAGGCCCAGCUAGGCUGGGUGUGGUUUUCCCUUUCCUCUGGCUUAACAGCCAUGAACGUCAUUGCUCCACUCAGUCGGCCCUGUGAGCACCUUGCCUACCGACCUUUACCAUCAGCUCAGCCUUGUGUCAUGGCCCCAACUCCUGUGUGGAAACACCUUGAUAGUCAGUGCCUCUCCCUACACCAGCCUUUAUUUUCAGUUUGUUUAAAAGCAUUAUCCUUUAGCGUCACCAUCCCCAAAUAUCCACACACCCAGAUUUCUGAUUCUCUGGGUCUCUGGUUUCUCCUUAGAUGCCAACUAGAAAUCUUAGUAGGAAAGGAAUUUUUCAAAGCAGGAAUAAGCUGGAAACAGGUGUUGAGCGAUGAAUGAUUAAGGGAAGAGACAGUACCCCCUCCCUUCCCCCCAAACUACCAGAUUAAAAAGGAAAACAGACCCAUCUCAGAACCUGCAACCCUACCUGACGUAAAUCAGAGGGACAGGGCUGUGUGACUGCGUCUUGAUGGGAAGAAGUGGUAAGGAGCUAGACACAUUUCACAGUAUUUCUUGGUUCCCCUUUCCCAAGUUAAAUAGAAGUGAAAAAAUAAAGCAAAAAAGCACCUUCUUCUCCCCUCCUUUUUGUGAAUGAAAAAUCCCUAAUCCAGUGAAUUCUCCUGGUCAUUGCAAAUGUAUUUGAAUAGCUCUCGAUGUGUCAUUACUCCCAUCACCCGUUCAUUCUACAUUUCAGCCCCCACUCUGCAUCAAGCACCCAUCUAGCCCCUGAGUGUGCCCUGUUGUCUUAGAUUUGGAAAAUGUCAUCACCCACGCCUUUCCUAAUCUCCAGCACUCUACCAUGGUAGGUAACUCAUGUUCAGCUCCCCUCCCCUUACCACGUCUACAGUAGGGCCCAGCAGACAAGCACUUUAAGCAAGUCUUGAGUUACGGUUCAACCCCGAUCACAGGCCAGCUCAGCCUCAAAGCUGGCACCACUCUCCUCCCCGCCUCCCUCCACCAGGUCACCACUGGGCAAGGGAUGCACCUGAUGGGCAGUGCGUGUGGCGGGGAGGGGGCCGCUGAAGGACGAGUGCCUGCGGGUUUGUGAGACACCGUGAAACACAGUCAGCAAACUCGGACAGCCAUGGAACCAGCGGGACUCGUUACCACGCUGUCACCUUCAUACGGCUUUUUCUUGAUUUUCCACAGCCAAUCUUUCUCUCAACUCUAGAAAUGUUGUUCCUGACCAGCCAAGCUCUCAACAACCUAAUGCCUGUACGUGGUGUUUUCCAGUAAAUUCCCCGUUCAUGUCAAUAAAGCGUCUCCAGA